AUAAGUUUAUUAAAAGUUCUACAGAAUGGGUGUAAAGUUGAAGCGUCUGAAGGGUGGUUCAAAAGGCAUGAAAUGGAAGCAUGGUCAGAGUUGUCUCUCUAACCCUGCUGCUGCUAAAUUCAGAGAGAAAGCUAAACUUGGAUUCUUUGAGAAAAUAGAAAACAGCAAUUUAACCAAAGAUGCACUGGCCAAGCACACUGCGGAUCUCCAGUCUGUUGCGGGCGUUUCACAAGCAGCUUCAGUGCAUUCCUUUGCAUUGUCAAACAGUCAGUUUGCCUCUGCACCUUCAGUUUUGUCAGUUCCUCGGUCUACGACUACAGCAAAGAUCAGCAUCGGUUAUGCACCCCCUUCUGAAUCUGUCAAGAGAGUGCUUGAUCUUCAAAAAGAAAUGGAGGACAUGGCAAUUGAUGCAGAAGAUGACUUGAAGAGUCAAGCUAAGACGUUUGCAACUCAGUACACAACUUGUUCCAUUCCUGCAUUUGAGAAUUUUUUCAACAAGCUGAGCAUCCAGAGCGAGCACCAGGUGUUGAUGUUGUCAUUCCACGCGACCAUCCAAGAUAUCAUCAAAGAGAAGAACCUCCCUGAAAACCCUUCUUCCUACUUUGUGGCCAUUAUAAUGUCACUGGAAGGCAUGUUGGAAGACAAAGAUAAAGUAGCAGCAGGUCUUGCCCUACUAGUGCGCGUCAUCAAGACUGUGCCGCUGCGUGUGCUGCGUGCCAAGUGUGACAAGUUCGGCGAGAUCCUCAACACGAUCAUCUCCAAGUACCAGGACUCUGAUAACGUCCAGCUGCUCUCGCAUGUACUGGGUUGUCUAUCGAUCCUGUUGCGUGCACAACACUUGGCUCGAUGGUACAAAGACGAUGAGCUAAAGACUUGGCUGAAAAACAUCCUAGUGUUCACUCUCCACACUCAACCCAAGGUGCGGAAGUCCGGGCAAUACAACGUGAGUGCCGUACUGAAAGGCUCCCAGUUCAUGGUGACCAGCCCGCUGCGCUGCGUCGGUGACGACGCGGUGACUACAACCGGCGAUACUGCUGAUGAUGGCUCCUCUGAUGACGAUGGUGAGGGAAAUGGGGAAGAAGAGUCUAAAAGCAAGAAGAGAAAUCAACAGAAGGAGGAACAAGACUCCGGCGAUGAAAUGGAAGCAGACCAGCUGGUAAAUGGCGUUGCUCAUGAUGAUGAUCUUGAAGAGCUUGAUAAGCCUCUGGAGGUUCAUCCUGCAGCUGAUCUUGUUGCUGAUUUCCUCAUUGGACAGCUUAAGACGAGCGGGACUUUGUCGUCCUCCAACAAGACCAUCUUACACAUGCUUGUCUUUACACGUCAAGUCAUCAUGGCGCUGCCAAAACACAAGUUACAGGGGGUGCUACAGCGACUAGUGAGUCUGGUGUCACUAGGCACUGGCCUGGUGAACUCGUCAGUUAUGCAGGCCCUGCAGGCGCUCUGUUCCUGCAGCCCUCCUCCUUCAGUCUUGCCCCUCUCCCUUACCAAUCACUUGCUGGGCGUCCUUACCAAGCACACGCCCGGGGUGAGCAGCGCCCUCAUCGCACCUCCCCACGACCCCGUCGCCGUCAGGUCCUGGAGCGCCGUCGUCACCGCCGCCGUCCUGCACGUCCUCAGGUUGGAUGCCGUGCAAGGGCUGGAGAGAGCCUCUGAGUGGUUGUCUGUGCUGCUCAAAUACUGGCGCUCUGAUAACGUGCAAGUGCUGCUCGCGGUUGAGGAGUCAGUAAGCAACAUUUUGUCUGCAGUGUACGACAUAUUGACCACGGAGACCACUGCUGAGCACGAGUCUACCAUACGUACGAUAAUGCAUCACCUGGAACAAGGCUUGAGCUAUCAGUGCCAGGGAGCAUGGCCCUGUAUUUUCCGUCUGUUGGGACAAUGUUAUAGUGAGCUGGGCCUUUACUACGCUCCCAUCAUGAUGCCCUCCCUCCAAAACCUAUGUCAACUAAUGGCCAACGACAGCCUGGCUGCCGGAGGGGAGCUUGAGAAAGCCAUCGGCAAGGCAGUGCAGGGACUGGGGGUCGAAGCUGUUGUCUGUUCGUCGCCCUUCGAUAUCACUGGCGACAUCACCAAAGAUGAGAAGAAUUUAUGGCUUCUUCCCUUGCUCAGGAAGUUUGUUAAAGGCUCAAGACUUUUAUUCUUCAAGGAUAAUUUCGUCCCGUUGGCAGAAAAAUGUUUCAAUGUUGUGGCUAAGCUAGAAAGCGAAGCUGCGCCCAACGUGCGUCUUGUGUCUACUUAUAAAACGGUUGAAUAUCAAAUCUGGGCCAUGCUUCCUUCAUUUGCGUGCGAAGCCGUUGACGUCGAAGAAGCCCAGUCUAAUAAAGCCUUUGCAAAACUAGUAUGUCGUUUAAUAGAGCAUUCUGAGGCAUCAAGAAUAGAUGCUAUGGCAGCGCUGCGCAACAUGAUAGCUGCUGAUGGAUCUUCUUCAGGGCGCAUAGCUAGGAACUCCAGCAAUUACUUGCCUGCACUGUUCAAUCUAUUUGUGAAGGCACCCAAAACAUCCCACAACACUGACAAGCCAGAUACAAUUGACCCAUCGCACAGACUUGCCGCCUUGUCAACAAUCAUUGCCUACCUUAAAAUAGUCCCACCGUCUCAAUGUGAAACUUCCAUGAAUGCCAUCCUGGGCAAAUAUAAAGCUGAGACAAAGCAACAUCGGAAGCGAGCUUUACUGCAUCUGGCGCGGUGUUUUGUACCUUAUGUAAACUCCAAGCUUAUUGAAGAACUCUUUGAGAUCAUCACGCCUCUCAUCAAGACUGCCAAAGACAAGAAAGAACAAAAAGCUGCAUACAGGGUCCUCGAACAGGUGCUGGCGGCGGACACGGAUGGCACGCGGGAGUUUGUCAACAAGGAGCUGCUGGCGCUCUCUGACCUCCUCAUCAAGAGCGUCUCGAAGGCAACCAACAGCUCCAGGGCGCCCAGACUGCGCUGUGCCAAGGCUGUUUUACUGGCAGUGAGUGAGAAUGCAGGGGCAGAGACGCGAGAAGAAUUCCUGCAACGCGUAGUGGGCGAGUCUGUGAUGUGUUGUGGCAGGAGCAACUCUACAGCCACGCGCCGCGCCGCCUUCGCCGUCCUGGCCGAACUCCCACAGUCCCUCAGCAGGAUAUUGAAGGUGAACGAAGACACGACGGUGCGGGAGUGUAUGAGGCUCUUGUCAUCUGGACUGCUGGGCCGACCGUCGCUCUGUGCCAACACGAUUAUUGCAGUCACCGCCUUCACAUACCAGUGCAAAGAAACGAUGCCUCUGGAUAUCCUGGAGCAGAACGUGAGCAACAUGUGCUUGUUGCUGGCAAGUCCGUCGCGCGAGAUCGUGCAGGCGUGCCUGUCGUUCGUGAAGGGCGUGGUGACGCUGUACCCCGUGGCGGUGCUCGGCCCCUGCGUCAAUAAAAUUAUUAACGGCAUCGUCUCCCUCACCCCGGACUGCUCCAGGAAAUUCAGGCUCAAGACCAAGAGUAUCCUUGCUAGACUCAUGCGCAAGUUCGGCGAUGAUUACAUCACAAAGCUGGUGCCCCUGAAGCACGUGACGCUACACAAGCGCCUGCGUAACCUCCGCAAGGAAGCGUCCAGAGCACGCAGAGCUCGCGACGCAGAGGACGAAGAAGAGGAUCAGGACGACGAUGCUGAUGAGCUCUUCUCUGGAAAGGCCCCCAGCACGCUGGAUGAAAUCCUGGCCGAGAUCGACCCAGAUCUCAACGACGAAGAUGAGGAUGAAGCUCCUCGCAGCAGCCGUGCAGAGCAGCGGCGCCAGAAGAGCAAGCCCACGACGGCCUGGGUCGCCGAGGGAGAGUCUGACGACGAAGUCCUUGACUUGCUGGGGCCGGAGGCCGCGUCUGCAAUCAUGACCAAAAAGCCUAGGGAGAAGAAGCCUGCUUCCGCCCGCAACCGCAACGAUGAUGAGGAUGAAAACGGAGGAUUCAGUUUAGACCCUGCAACCGGAAAACUUCUCAUCAUUGAAGAUCGUAAAGAGAAGAGAGAUGCUCAUAGUUCCGAUCAUAUCGCCGUGGACGACAUGGACGACAUGCUGCGUAUGAAGGAUGGCGCCCAAGCCGGCAAAAUCAGCAACAAGAAGCGCAGCCGCCCUGACGAUGACGACGAUGAUGACGACGCUCCUGAUGACCUGCCGCAGCCCAGGAAACCAAAGAAGCCCAAGUUCGACUACGGCGCUGAGUUCCGCUCGAAGAAGGGCCGGGGCGACAUCAUGCGCAAGGGACAAAGGCAGAAGCCCUUCGCUUACGUGCCUCUUAGCAAGAGCAGCCUUAACAGAAGGAAACAAGCGAAGUACGAAGGGCAGUUCAAGUCCGUGGUGAAGGGUGCUAAGAAGGGCGUUCGGCAAGGCAGCAAACUGCGGAAGAGUGGCAAGAAAAAUUUGACUCGUUAAGACUUAAGAAUUCAUGUAUAUUCUUAGGCUCUUCUUGUUGUGUAUAGCUUCUGGUUAUUAAGCGUGUGGUUCUUAUUAGGAAUAAUUCCCUUCACAGUCACUAUCAACUUCCAAUGCUACUGAGCAUCCAAGUAACCGUUGCUGAAGGCUAUGAUUAACCUUAACAUUGAAAUUAACAUAACAUAAAGUUUAGAAAAUAUUGUGAACAAGCGAAAUGUCAUUUCAGUGGUUGUUCCGAUUACUGAGACAAAUAGAAGUCAUUCACUUUAUUCUCUUCAGGUAAAUUUUUUCAGUUUCCCUUUAUAUUUAUUAUCUUGAAGGUGAUCUGCUUUCAUAUCAGAACCUGAUAGGUGAAACUAAUCUAAAUUCAAAUUUUCGCCUUGCACUGUUGAGAUACUACAAAAAAAUGAAGGAUUUUUCCCUAUAGUGAAUGCGCGCAACAUUGCGCCUGUAUACGGAGCCAAAUGGAAUACAUAUGAUCGAGCGUGGAUGCAUUACUUUCACUCAAUCCACC